AUGGAAACAAGAGAUCGGCUUGCUUGGCUCUCACAUGGAUCAGGAGAGUACACUGUCAAAACAGGGUAUUUUGUUGCCAGAAAUCGUGCCAAUGGUAAAAGGAAUGAAGUAGAGCCAGAUAGUACCUUCAACUGGAUAACAGAGAGAAACAACGCUUCACCUUCUAUUCCAUUGUCCUUUUGCUCAAUCGGUCUGGAAGUUGGCGCCAUUCAGAGAACAAGUGGUAUCAGCAGGCUUCACCUCUACAAAAGCCGGAAUUGCAGGAAUCAAAAUGCUACUACCCCUUCCGCCUAUAGGAAUUCAAGCUGGAUCUUUGACCCCUUGGAUCCUAUGGAGUAUUUGGCUGAGCAGAAAUAG